CAAUUGUGUACCAUAGUUUUCUCAAGAAGAUAGACAUUUCCAGUGGAUUUCUACAAGACACACCAAGACUGUACUCCGAGAAUCUAGGCUUGGCUGCGUCCAUUCUAUUGCCCAGAAUAUCACGUCAUUGUCUGUGAACUGUCUCGGUCGACCUUUUAAUCAUUCUUUUGACUUUUAUGAACCUCGUCGCGUUCACCUUCAAGCGUCUCUUCCCUUAGCACCCUGGAAGAUAGACCUACAUCACAUAAACAUUACCGAUUAUGGGAGCUGCUACGUUACCAUCGUCCAUCUCUGGCACUUCGUCAGCAACUGCCAUCAUCGUCCCUAGCAAGCCUAAUCCUCUGACCAUUUCCUACUCCCAACUAUCCUCGGACAUUACCGGGCUUCAAGGCCAACUCGCUCAACUCGGCAUUCAACACGGAGAUGCCGUAUCAAUAGCACUUCCCAAUACCUACGAGUUCAUUGUGUCCUUCCUCGCGACCUCCUACCAAAGAGCAAUUGCCGCUCCUCUGAAUCCAGCAUACAAGCAGGAUGAGUUCGAGUUUUACAUUGAAGAUCUGUCUUCGGCGAUAGUCAUUGUUCCUCAAGGCUCAUAUGCCAAAGUUGGACCUGCCGUCCGAGCAGCUCGAAGAUUCAAUGCUGCAAUUGCCGAACUCUACCUGAAGGGGUCCCAACUGGUGCUCGAUGUGAAAGAGAAGGGCAAGUUGGCUAAGAGACAGCCACAGGCGCUGGCUCGAGCUGAGCCGGAAGAUGUCGCUUUGGUCCUACACACCAGUGGAACUACGGGCAGACCAAAGGCCGUUCCUCUGACGCAUCGCAAUCUGACAAGGACCAUGGCCAACAUCAGAGACACUUACGAGUUGACUGCCCAGGAUCGAACUUAUUUGGUCAUGCCUCUGUUCCACGUCCACGGACUGUUGGCGGGCUUCCUUGCUCCUUUACUGGUCGGCGGCUCUGUCAUUGUCCCUGCCGCCUUUUCGGCUCGCGUAUUCUGGGAGGACUUUGUUACUCACAAAGCUAACUGGUACACGGCUGUCCCCACUAUCCAUCAAAUCCUACUCAAGAAUCCUCCCCCCAGUCCCAAACCGCAAAUCCGCUUUAUCAGAUCGUGUUCGUCUCCCCUGUCACCAAAGACGUUUCGAGAAUUAGAACAGACAUAUGGAGCCCCUGUGCUGGAAGCAUAUGCUAUGACAGAAGCCGCUCAUCAAAUGACGUCCAACCCUCUACCGCACAAAGGCAAACGCCAACCGGGCAGUGUUGGUAUCGGCCAGGGCGUGGAAAUUAAGAUACUGGAUGAUCAGGGUAACGAAGUGGCCCAAGGGGUCGAGGGCGAGAUCUCGAUCCGCGGGGAGAAUGUUACUAAAGGGUAUAUCAACAACGAAAAGGCCAACAAGGAAGCGUUCACGGCAUCUGGCUUUUUCCGGACAGGUGAUCAAGGCAAGAAAGAUCCCGAUGGAUAUGUCAUCAUCACGGGUAGAAUCAAGGAGUUGAUCAACCGUGGAGGGGAGAAGAUCAGUCCCAUCGAGCUGGACCAUGUGAUCGCAACCCACGCAGCAGUGUCAGAAGCAGUCAGCUUUGCCAUCCCCUCAGAGCUCUAUGGGCAAGAAGUCGGCGUGGCUGUUGUGCCCAAGCCCGGAAAGCAGGUGACAGAAGAGGAGAUUACUGCAUACGUGGGUGGGAAGACUGCCAGUUUCAAGAAACCCAGCAGAGUGUGGAUUCUAAAAGAGAUACCCAAGACGGCCACGGGCAAGAUCCAAAGAAGAAAAGUAGCAGACUCGUUACUCGCCAAGGACCGACCUAGAGCGAAGCUGUAGGCUACUGUGGCGUGGCAGUAUGCAUGUCGGUGUGUACAGGGCCUAGCUUUAGACAUGGAGAUGAUGGCCGAAUCUCGCCCGAAGCUAUGUAGAGGGCUUCGUGGUUGACCUAACUCUCACUCCACUGGGAAGUUUCUCGUGUACACAAAUGGGGCCUGGUGGAUGAACGUUUUGGCGAACUGUUCCGUGCCCACCUAUGUAUACAUCCCUACCUAUGGUACCUACAUGCAAGGCUGUGGACAGUGGAUGUCUAGGACCACUGUAGAGGGGGUUGAAGGCAGCUAUACCACAUGUUCACCACAUGUUUGCGACCUACAAGAUCACCUGGAGUAGUAGACUCCCAGCGCUUUCACUGGUUGAACUCUUGCCAAGAA